AUUAUACUGAAACUAACGGAAUCUAAGAGCAUUAGAGCAGGGUAGAUUCUUGAAGCCUGGGAACCGAAAAGGAAAUGGGUUUGACUAGCAGUUGCAGCUGAAUUCCCACUACCUAGUCCACCGGUUCAAAAAACAAUCACAAGUACCUCUAACUUUCCCCCAAUUCGAACCACCACUAAAAGCUUUGUCCGUGUCUAUGGAUUUUCUAAAUUCCUUGAUGAAAAGUUACAACAUCGUGCUUCUAUUUUCUUUGUUUUGUGAUAUGUCGGAAUGGGUCCAAGUAAUCAUGCCUGUCUGCUGCUUUAGCUUCUGAUCUUCAUCGCUGUUGUUCCCCAAAAACCGUACGAGUAUUAGGCCGAGCCUUUGUUUUGAAGUUUCAGAACUGGGUGUCCAUCAGUUUCAAAUUUCGACAGUUGGGUUUGAUCGUUGCAGGAUGAAGUUGUAUUCUUGAUCUGAAACUCAAUUCCGUGCGCGUUACAUAUUUCCGAAAAACGACUUCGAACUUUUAAGUGUUCUGAUAAGCGGUACAUCCGUACAUGCACUUUGGGCUUCAUAUAUCUGUUUUUUUGGUUUAUACCUUAAAUCCUUCAUUUAGUGGUCAGUUUGCUGCUAUAAUUAAGUCACCUUUCAUCUUGCAAAGCGGUAUUUUGCCUCUGGAAUUAUCAACUUUCAUCAGUUCCAUCUGUUGCAAGCUUAUGUUCGUCUUUCAUCCCAGAUUAUCAUUGGGCGGCUCACUUGAAGGUCCCCAACUAUGGGUGUUUAUGUCAAUCGUCUGUGGCCUUCCUAUCCUUGAGUGUGUAUACUGUCUGGCCUGUGCUCGCUGGGUGUGGCAGAAAUGCCUCUACACUGCAGGCCAUGAAAGUGAAAACUGGGGCCUAGCCACAGCUGAAGAAUUUGAGCCUGUUCCUCGCCUUUGUCGCCUAAUCUUAGCUAAUUAUGAAGAUGAUAUUCGCAACCCACUUUGGGCUCCCCCUGGGGGUUAUGGAAUUAAUCCUGACUGGGUAGUUGUACGUAAGAAUUACGAAGCAACCGUAGGCCAUGUUACUCCUUACAUGAUUUACCUUGAUCAUGAUCAUGCUGAUAUAGUUCUUGCAGUUAGGGGACUCAAUUUAGCGAAGGAAAGUGAUUAUGCAGUUUUACUUGAUAACAGACUGGGGCAGACAAAAUUUGGUGGUGGGUAUGUCCACAAUGGGCUAUUGAAGGCAGCAGAGUGGGUUUUCGAUGCGGAGUGUGAGGUUUUGAGGGAAUUGGUUGGGAGGAACCCAAAUUAUACCCUGACAUUUACUGGUCAUUCCCUCGGAGCAGGGGUGGUAGCGUUGUUGACAAUGGUGGUAGUUCAGAAUCAGGGAAAACUGGGUAACAUUGAGAGAAAGAGGAUCAGAUGCUAUGCUAUAGCUCCUGCUCGGUGUAUGUCACUAAAUUUGGCAGUCAGAUAUGCGGAUAUUAUCAAUUCUGUUGUACUCCAGGAUGAUUUCUUACCUCGGACCACCACUGCCCUGGAAGAUGUAUUUAAAUCACUUAUCUGUUUGCCGUGUUUAUUGUGCCUAAUGUGCCUGAAGGAUACAUGCACACUGGAGGAGAAGAUGCUUAAAGAUCCAAGGAGGCUCUAUGCACCUGGUCGACUUUACCACAUUGUUGAGCGGAAGCCCUUAAGGUUAGGACGAUUUCCGCCAGUUGUGAGGACAGCAGUACCUGUGGAUGGGAGGUUUGAGCACAUAGUUCUUUCUUGCAAUGCAACUGCUGACCAUGCUAUCAUUUGGAUAGAGAGGGAAUCGCAAAGGGCUUUUAACUUAAUGCUGGAGAACGACAAGAUUAUGGAGAUUCCAGUAACACAGAGGAUGGAGCGUCAGGAAUCUCUUGUACGAGAACAUAGCCAGGAAUACAAGGCAGCACUUCAGAGAGCCAUUGCAUUAGAUAUCCCUCAGGCAUACUCGCCUCCUUCGUACGGAACGUUUCAUGAAACGGAAGGCGAGAACUCUGGCAGAUCAAAUGAGGAGAUCUCAUUGUUGUCCUCUAAGGAAAGAAGGGAAAGUUGGGAGGGAUUUGUUGGGCGUCUAUUUGAUGUGGAUGAGUCCGGUGACAUGGUGUUCAAACAGCAGCCAUAGACAAUCAAAAGAAUUUCACAUUGUAACUUAGCAAACAAUUUUAGUCAUUCUUUGAUUCAUAUAGAGCACCCUUUGUUUGGGUUCAUAAUUAUGUUGAGAUGAAAGGAAGAAAUAUGAUAGGGGACAUGAAGAGCUGUGCAUGUAUUUACAGCUUUGAAAAUUUGUAAAUAUGACUUUUAAUCUUCAAUGUUAAUUAGGCCACGAUUCUUUUA